AUGACCCGAAACACCGCAACUGGCGCCAAACAGACUAUCCCCAAUGCUCCAAGCCGAAGUAUACUGCCCCUGCCCGAGCAUGUCAUCGCCCAGAUCAAGUCGUCGACGGCAAUUGUUUCGCUCACUGGAGUGGUGCUGGAGCUGCUGAAGAAUUCUCUGGAUGCGAAAGCAGCCAAAAUAGAAGCCGCCGUCGACUUUGCGCGCGGCGCAUGCUCGGUGGAAGAUGAUGGCCUCGGCAUAUCACCCCUCGAGUUUCGGGACGAAGGCGGCUUGGGCAAGCUCUACUGCACGUCCAAAUACCAUGCAACCGAACCUCUUCUUGGCCGCAAUGGCACCUUCCUCGCCUCCCUCGCUGCAAUGUCCCUCCUGACCAUCUCCUCGCACCACUACCAACAUCGCUCACAUAACGUGAUAAUCCUUCACCAAUCAAAAGUCGUGGAAAGGCAACUUCCGGCGGCGGCGCAUCACGAGAUACAGGGCAAACAUGGCACCCGCGUCACCGUGCGGAAUCUCUUCGGAAACCUGCCUGUGCGCGUCAAGCAGCGGUCGAUCAUAUCUGAGCAAAGGGCUGAGCAUGACAGACUCUGGGAUGGGCUGAAGAAGGACGUAACAAGUCUUUUGCUCAGUUGGCAGAAUCCGGUUUCCAUCCGACUUCGGGACACCGACAACAGGGUGGUUCUCAGUCUCAGCAUAUCCGGCUCAGACAUACUCACAAAGAGUCGUGAGAGUGAGGCUUCGAAGCCACGCUCUGCGCAGCUUUCUUUACUGCUCAACAUUCUGACCCAGGCCAACUAUAUCACCAUUGAUAAGCGGGCGUCAUGGGUACCAGUGUCAGCUGCCACAUCUGCCAUCUCCAUCAAAGGCGCCAUAUCACUAAACCCGGCACCUACCAAGCAUGUCCAGUUCAUCUCGCUCGGCAUGCGACCGUUGUCUGCGGACGCCGGCCACAAUGAACUAUUCGAUACUGUCAACCGCCUCUUCGCUCUAUCCAACUUUGGUACUAUCGAAGACGAUACCGACAUCGAUGAGAAAGAGAAGAUCAGGCGACAGUCAGAUAAGCGCUUCAAACAUGACGGCUAUACCAACAGACAGCUUAAAGCCCGCAAAGACGUCAAUAGAUAUCCCAUGUUCUAUCUUCGCAUCUCAUUGAAGGAUGCUCGUAGAAGAAGCGUCUCCGAAGAUCAGUUCAUUGGGGAUGAAGCGAACCUCCAAAACGUGAUGGAGGUCUUGGGUGCAUUGAUAACUCAAUGGCUGUCUAUUCAUCAUUUCAGACCGCGGCAACCUCGCAAGAGGCAUGAACGGCCUGGCACGGCUUCCAGCGCUGCUGAGGACCUGGUCGUAAGCAACUCGCCAUCCAUGGAGGGUCAAACUACGCCCAUGGCUUUGAGAGGGCAAUCUAUCGGAAGCCGCCCGGCAACUCCAAAGCAAAGCUCUGUUUCAGCGCAGUCGCUUAAAAGGAAGCGUUCGGACAAGGUCGCAUCACGUGAAACAUCCGAGAGGUUACGCCCUGGAGCUUUUGCGGAAUGGUCACGCAUCAAAAGUGGAAAGCCUGAGUUUUUCAGCAGCGUUUCGACCAUACCGAAAUCGAAGGCCGAGGUGGAUUCCGGGAAGCAAACCGAUAUGAACACUUCAUGCAACACGAAGACCGAAGCCUUUGCAAGCCUUGACAUAGCGCCGCUACCCCAAGGUGCUUUGAGUGGACAGCAGUUGCGUGCCGAAGUCUCGUCGCCUACAGAGACUCUGGUUACUGAUAACAAAGAGAACGACGAUACCAUUCUGUGGACGGAUCCAACGACCAAGCAAGUUCAUCUACUAAACGCUCGAACAGGUUGCGUGGUACCCGAUGCUCGGCCACGACUAAAUACUGACUCAACUUCGCUCUCAAAUUCCAUCACUCAAAACCCCAUGAAUAGGUCGAUGCGAUUACCGACAAGAGCUUCGACAGCUGUACCUGGCAAGACGCCUUGGCUUGAUGAUGUGCUAGACACAUGGGAGAACCCAAUCUUCAAGCUGGGUGAGCAGCGCAUACAACAGGCCGCACUGCACGAAGACGAUUUUGAUCGAGGGCAUCAUCACUCUAGACAUGGCUGCUCUCGCAUUAAUAUCGACAAGGCCUUCAACCAGGUUUCAACAGGUGGCUGUUGUAGACUGUCGAAAGAAGGGCUGCAAGACGCUCAGGUGAUUACGCAGGUGGACAAGAAGUUCAUCUUAGUCAAGAUGCAAGGUUUGACACAGGUGCAAGAUGCGCGCGUGGGCCUCCUCGUGCUGAUCGACCAGCAUGCGGCAGAUGAGCGCGUACAGGUUGAGUCGCUACUGAGACAGCUUUGCAGCCCGUUGCAACAUGAAACAGGAUAUCAGUCACAGCUCGGCCACAAGGCGCAAGUAGCCUCUGUCGUGCUCGAGAAGCCUACGCAGUUUGCGGUCUCGUCCCAGGAACGAAUACAUUUCACAACACAUGCCGCAAGAUUCGCAGCGUGGGGUUUCCUCUACGACGUCGUCAAAACGACGGCAUCUGCAGCUGUUCCCAGCACUACCGAUAGUGAAAAGUAUGUCUUGUCCGUCACGGCUCUUCCGACUGGUAUAUCAGAACGAUGCAAGGCCGAUCCCAAAGUGCUCAUCUCCUUCCUCCGCUCAACAGUCUGGAAGUACGCAGAAGAUUCGCAUCUACCUCCCAUACCCGCACCAUACAGCUCAUCAACAAACAACCCCACCGACUGGGUCAGACGUUUGGCAACCUGCCCUCCAGGUCUCGUUGAUCUCAUCAACUCACGUGCAUGUCGCUCGGCCAUUAUGUUCAACGACGAGCUUAGUAAUGAUGAUUGCAACGCCUUGGUGAGGAACCUAGCGGGGUGUGUCUUCCCGUUCAUGUGCGCCCAUGGACGGCCUAGUAUGGUACCGCUCGUUGAUCUAGGGGAUCUGGGCGAAGUAGCAGGUGGUUUGGGUGGUCACUGUGAGGUUAGCGAUCACGACAACUUUGUACAAGCUUGGAAGAAGUGGAGGGAAUGA